ACCAACUGCUUUUUCUUGUGUAGAUCCAUGGCAGUGCCUCAGUUUGGACCUUAUCUGGAUAGCGACAUUCUCCUUGAAACCCCUUCACGUUCAGAAAUCCUUGCACUGACCAAUGUACAGUUGAUGCAGAACGGUGAACCAAUUGGUCUGGAUCAAUCAGACCGAUUUCUCGUCAAUCCUCGAGGGCAACCCGAAGUUUAUUUCACGGGCGACCUGGUCUUGAAACCAAACGACCUUCGAUGGCUGAGUGACCGCGGUCUCCGUUACCUCCAAGAAGAGCAAAGUAUCACCAUGUCAAUAUCGAUAGCUCAAUUUGCUAUGGCGAACGUGACCGCAAAGGUAACGAUAAUCUGCAAAAGACAGUCACCCGCCAUGUACAUGACCUCAAAUCAGUCAGACGAUCUCAUAAUGAACUCUGUUCAUGGGCGGCGUUCUUACCGCAUCCAAUCUCUCUCCGCAGAGACCCACGCCAAUAGUACGGCCUUUCUAGCUCGCUUCCGCUGGGUUAGGAUCAUACAGCGCAUAACGGAGAUGCGAAAUUUCAGCCCUCCACUGAGCAUCGAGGUAUUAGUGAAAACCUAUCGCGAAAUGCAUACUGCAGAUCUUGCAUCUGCCCAACACCGAAAGAGCCAGAAGUUCAGUGCUCCACAAGUCAGCCACGCACAAGUCCGUAUUGAGCUCUCAUGGCAUGCGGCAUGGCUCCUGGCAUUCUACGUGCAGGGCCAAACGCGGAAAGUCGUGUUAGAUGUUGAUUCCUGGCUUCUUUUCAUCCAGCACGUCGAAGUUCGCCACGAACGAGCACCAAGCAACUCGCUGCGGAAAAUGGCGACGACCCUGUGUGAAUUUGGUGAUACCCCAGAUAACUGGUUCAAGAAACUCGAAUCGGCGCAAAAACGAUCGCAAGCACUUCUGUCCGCAUCGACGCCAAUACGCCCCGAGACUACCCGGGUCCAGCGCGGUCCCUCUCCUACAUAUGACUCUGACUUCUCCGAGCCAUCUACCCCUAGCUGGUCUGGUCACGACUCGGAAGACGACGAAAGCAAAUCGAACAUCGUCCUCCCUUCGUGGUUUAGUCUGAUGCGCACCCCACCUCAAUUCCAUCCGACCACGUUUAUCUGGGAAUGCCCACUUCCCCACUGCGACUACUACCUUGACCUCCUCAGGUGGCCCCGGAUGCCUCGCGAAGACGAAACCGAACGAUAUCGCUGCAUGGAAGGGCGUUUGUCCAUUUCUGCACCCAUCUCAACGUCACCGACAUGGAAAUUCGCGACAAAGAGGGACGAGUAACUGAACAGGGACUGUUAGCGAGCAUCAGGAGAGAGUGGCGGCAAAAUCCCGAGUAA